AGUGAGCUGUGACAGUCGUGAUCACUGGUGAAAAAUGGCGUUAUGUUAGUGCGCGCUUUUGGGAAAAUUUUCAAUAAAAAAACGUAAAAAAGACAAAAUCGGGGUGAAAACGCAACAACUGGAUCGUCCUUAACUGGUAUUGAGCAACUAAAAUAACAUAGUCGCCUGUGGGACGCCAUUUAAUAAUCACAAACGCCGUUAUAAAAUUUAUGAAAAUCCCGUUUUUCCUCACGAAAAAUGUCGAUCGUGCACGUUCUACGUGGAAAACCUCUCCAAUCCUACCUCCUGACUCGCUUCAACCGGAAAAACUUCGCCAAUGACUCUACAAAGACAUCUGCCACUUCCGCCUCAACCACCGCAGGAACGACGCAGCCACAGGGGCGCGCCCCCUUCAUAACUGGCCAAACCAAAAUUUCCGCCUCUUCAGACCCACAGGUUAAAGUGGUGCAGAAGCCCGAGCUGAACGUGGUUGUUGAUACCACAACAAUCAAGAGAUCGGUCGUUGCAGACCAUAUUACUAAGGCGAUUUCGUUUGACAACAUCCCAGGACCCAUCAGUUUGAGAAUAAUCCACAGGAUCUGGGGGCUGCUGCCCAUUAUUAGCACCCAGAUUACGGGAGGGGCGAUUCAGUAUUUGUUGGCUGUCGGAAGUUUGUUGAGCUGGAGUGGCAAUAUGGCACUCUUUAAGCGUUUUUUUGACCAUUAUGGGCCUGUUGUUCGCUUGCACGGCCCGCUGGGGGGCGACAUCGUCAUGGUAAGUCGACCGGAACACGUAGCCGCCGUUUUUAAGAACGAGGGGCCUUAUCCGAUCAGGUCUAGCCUCGACUCGGUGGAAAAGUACCGCCUACAGCACCGGAAGUUGCGACAUUCAGGUCCCUUUCUUAUGGAAUCUGAUACUUCCAGGUUCGGUCCUGAAUGGGAGAAGUUUCGCAAAUCCGUCGAGCAACCUCUACCCCAACUCAUCGCCAAGCAGUACGACAAAAUGGAGGACACGUGUGAUAAAUUCAUCAUGCGCAUCGCCACUAUAAGAAACCGUCAAGAGGAAGUCCCUGGGACUUUCCAGAAGGAAAUUUACAAGUGGUGUCUGGAAUGCAUGUGCUUGGUCACACUCGACAAAAGAUUGGGUUUUUUGGACCCUUGUGGUCUCAGUUCCACGUCCGACCCCGGAGUACUACUCGACGGGUUGAUUAAAGCGACUAAAGCGAUCCAGAGGUGCGAGUACGGUCUUCACUUGUGGCAGUUUUUCCCGACUCCUGCCUGGAAAUCUUUAGUGGAACACUGCGACGCUAUUGAUAGUGUCCUUAGUAAGUACGUGCGCAGAAUCCAGGCGCUGAUUAAAGAGAAAAAGGAAGCUGGAGAUAAACCCGUCAAAGAGGUGUCAUGUCUUAUGGAAAACGUCCUCUUGAAACCUGGAAUAAUGGCAGAAGACGCUAUGACGAUCUUGCUUGAUAUGAUGUUGAUUGGAAUCAACGCGACGACUCACACUGUGGCUUUCAUGUUGUACCACUUGGCGAGAAACCCGAGGUGUCAGGUCAAACUAUACAACGAAGUGGCGCGUCAACCAGGAAAGCUAUCCAAAGACGCUUUGUUAGCUAUGCCGUACCUCCAAGCUUGUAUUAAAGAAACGCUAAGACUUAAACCCCCGAUUCCUCUCUUGGGGCGUAUUUUGCAGAACGAUCUUUCCGUUUAUAAUUACCAUAUUCCCAGAGGUACUUACCUUUUGAUGGUGACCAGUCUGUCGAGUUGGCGGGAGGAGUAUUUCGAGGACGCGCACAAGUUCAUGCCCGAGCGUUGGAUGAGCCCUCUCGACGAAAUGCAAAGUUUCGCGUCGAUUCCAUUCGGUUAUGGAGCCAAGGCUUGCUUAGGCAAGGAGUUAGCGGAGAUGCAGAUCGGGAUUUUGAUAACAAAGAUUUUGAGGAGCUUUAAGAUUGAGUACCUCUACGGUGAUAUCAACAGUACCAAUAAGCUGUGGGCUGCACCAAACAAGAAACUUAGAUUUAGAUUCGCGGAACGAGCUUGAGUUGUUCGAUUUUCUUUGCGUGUGUGUUAAUUUGCGUUGUAGUUGGUGAUGAUGAUGAUAAUAAUAAAGUUACUUGAAAGCUUA